GGCGGGGCGUGGCGGGCGCGGGCGGAGCGGGGUCCCCCCUGGCGGCGAAGAGGUGGCGGCGCCCGCUCCCCGGCUGGCGGGCGGCGGAAGUGCCGCGGAGUUGGAGCGGGGCCGGUGCCGCGGCCGCUUGUGGUCGCCGAGUGCAGCCGCGGACUGGCGAGCGGGGACUGGCAGGGACGGGCGGGCGGCGGGGACCGGCCCCGAUGAGGCGGAAGGAGAAGAGGCUCCUGCAGGCGGUGGCGCUGCUGCUGGCGGCCCUGGUGCUGGUGCCCAACGUGGGGCUCUGGGCGCUGUACCGGGAGCGGCAGCCCGACGGCACCCCCGGGGGAGCGGCGGCGGGGGCCCCGGAGGCCGCGCAGGGCUCACAUAAUCAGCAGAAGAAAGUGUUUCUCUUGGGAAAUGGGCAGAAACUGAAGGACUGGCAUGACAAAGAAGCCAUUAGGAGGGAUGCACAGCGAGUAGGACAUGGAGAACAGGGGCAACCUUACCCCAUGACUGACACUGAUAGAGUGGACCAGGCGUACCGAGAAAAUGGAUUUAACAUCUAUGUCAGUGACAAGAUCUCUCUGAAUCGCUCCCUCCCUGAUAUCCGGCACCCAAACUGCAACAACAAACACUACUUGGAGACACUACCCAACACCAGCAUCAUUAUCCCCUUCCACAAUGAAGGCUGGUCCUCUCUCCUCCGGACUGUACACAGCGUGCUGAACCGUUCUCCCCCAGAGCUCAUCGCCGAGAUUGUGCUGGUGGAUGACUUCAGUGAUCGAGAGCACCUUAAGAAGCCACUGGAAGACUACAUGGCCCUCUUUCCCAGUGUGAGGAUUCUCCGGACCAAGAAACGGGAGGGACUGAUACGCACACGGAUGCUGGGGGCCUCUGCAGCCACUGGGGAUGUCAUCACAUUCUUGGACUCACACUGUGAAGCCAAUGUCAACUGGUUGCCUCCCUUGCUUGACCGAAUCGCUAGGAACCGCAAGACCAUUGUGUGCCCCAUGAUCGACGUCAUUGACCACGAUGAUUUCCGGUAUGAGACACAGGCCGGGGAUGCCAUGCGGGGUGCCUUUGACUGGGAGAUGUACUACAAGCGGAUCCCCAUCCCCCCAGAGCUGCAGAAGGCCGACCCCAGUGACCCAUUUGAGUCUCCUGUGAUGGCUGGAGGACUGUUCGCUGUGGAUCGGAAGUGGUUCUGGGAGCUGGGUGGAUAUGAUCCUGGCCUGGAGAUCUGGGGAGGGGAGCAAUAUGAGAUCUCUUUCAAGGUGUGGAUGUGUGGGGGCCGAAUGGAGGACAUCCCCUGCUCCAGGGUGGGCCACAUCUACCGGAAGUACGUUCCCUACAAAGUCCCUGCUGGAGUUAGCCUGGCCCGGAACCUCAAGCGGGUGGCAGAGGUGUGGAUGGAUGAGUACGCAGAACACAUCUACCAGCGCCGACCAGAGUACCGCCACCUCUCCGCUGGGGACGUGGCUGCCCAGAAGAAGCUCCGCAGCAGCCUCAACUGCAAGACCUUCAAAUGGUUCAUGACCAAGAUCGCCUGGGACCUGCCCAAGUUCUACCCACCUGUGGAGCCACCGGCUGCAGCAUGGGGGGAGAUUCGCAACGUGGGCACAGGGCUAUGUGCUGAUACCAAGCACGGGGCCCUGGGCUCACCCCUGAGGCUGGAGAGCUGUGUGCGAGGUCGUGGGGAGGCCGCCUGGAACAGCAUGCAGGUGUUCACCCUCACCUGGAGAGAGGACAUCCGGCCUGGGGACCCCCAGCACACUAAGAAGUUCUGCUUUGAUGCCAUCUCCCACACCAGCCCAGUCACCCUGUAUGACUGUCAUAGCAUGAAGGGCAACCAGCUGUGGAGAUACCGUCCGGACAACACGCUGUACCACCCCGUGAGUGGCAGCUGCAUGGACUGCAGUGAGAGUGACCGCCGGAUCUUCAUGAGCACCUGCAACCCCUCCUCACCCACCCAGCAGUGGCUGUUCGAGCACACCAACUCCACAGUCCUGGAAAAGUUCAACAGUAACUGAGCCUCGGAGACCUCAGCAGGCCCCAUUCCUAUCCCCAGGGAUGCUGGCUUCCAUGGGGCCUGCACCUGUCCCUGACAUCCUUCUGGCCAGAUAACUCGGGGUGACAAGGGCUCUGACAGCUGGUGCUAGAGCCCAUGGGCUGUAGAGGGUGAAGACUGGAUCUACAGGCUCCCAGAGGUGAGCCUGCUCUAGCCUGUGGCCCCUGGGAGUCCAGGAGGGCCUUUCCAGCCUUGUUCCCUUGAGUGUUGUCACUGGGGCAGCCCUAGGCCACUCCAAAAUUAGUUCCACCAAGCCACUGAGCCCACUGGUUACUCACACAGGACUCUCCUACAGAAAGAGAGACAAUGUGCCCAUUGGGGGAAGCUCUGAGCACCAAAGCCCCCAUCUGCUGCAAAAGGGAAGAGGCUGUUUCUUGGGACCUAUGGGCACAGCUUCUUGGUUUUGCUUUUCGAUUUGUUUUGUUUUUGCCGUGCAGUGCCCAAAAUUAUUAACCAGCUUCCGUUCACCAUAGCCCUGGGAAGGAAGUAUUAGUGCUGACUACUAGGCAGCCACUGGUCUGAGGCAGAAGUUUCUUUGCAGCCCCAGACACAGGAAUGUGUCUCCAUAUGCUUUCUGGAAUGCUAGGAUGCCCCUUUCUAGCACUUUCCAGGGACAAGGAGAGCCUGGGUGGCCUGGGACCCAGGAAGAACUUAUCAGAUAUCCAGACUAGACAUUCUGAUUGCAUUUCCCUGAUCUGAGUUUCCAUCUCUCUUUCCUCCCACCCCUGCUCUCUAUCUCUAUUUGCUGCCUCAAGAUAGGAACAGAGGUGUGAGGUGAAUACCUCAUUGAGUCAGCCCAGCCUCUGGUCUCAUUAUGGUUCAUAUAGAACUCAGUGACUAACUACAGUGCAGCCUGGUCCUCUGUUAUCCAGUGCAGAGUUCUACCUGCUCUGAUUCAAAGAUCAAUCCAGAUGUGAGAUAGCUGCAGGCAGCCCUUCUGUGAGAUCCCAGGUUGGUGUCCUGGGGGGAGGUGCUGUCAGCUUGGCACUGAGACUUUGGUGCUGCUGUCUCCUGCAGCCUCUCCCAGCCCCUAGCUUCAUGGAGAAAAGCCCUGUGUCCCACAGAGAGAUGUGCACCGAAUCUCACACCAGACCCGCAACCUCUUGGGAAGCAAAUCCACCAUCAACCUGCCACCAUGGAUUCAGAGAUGGAGAUGGAGUGCUGCAGCCUGCGACCUCCACCAGCUAAUCCCAGAAUUACUUGAAAUGGGCAUUCCUAUUGGCACCUGCCAUCCUGUCAUUACCAAUGAGUGAAUGAGGCUGAGACACAGCCACAAAGCUGCCUUUGAGAGGCUGAGGACCUCAAGGCAUCACUGACCUGGAGACCAGCACCACCUCUGCCUACAACUGGCACAGGAGUCCUCCCACCUGCUCAGCACAAGCCCCACUCCAGUCUCCUUUCCUGAGCAGAGGCAUCCCCUGUACUCACAAAACUUGCUGGCUGGCCCCUUGUGUCCUUUUCCACCCGAGUGCUGUUUCUAGAAAGGAGGGCCAUUCAGGAACCCAGGGUGAUGAGAGGGCUACCACUGGAGAGCUAUCUCAAUAGGAUCCCUCAUCAGAGUGCAAUGCAGUAUCGUCAGAAUGAAAACUGUGCCUUUAAAAGAAAAAAAUGCAAAUGUACAGCAAAUCCCUAAACUUGAACCAUUUCCUAGUGCCUUGCUGGACAAACACACAGGAGUGGGAGUGGGGUGGCAGUGGGCAUGCUUGAUGAUGUGUGCAGGUCUUGUUGGGUGAGUGCAUGGUGUUUAUUAAUGUCUGGUUUUAAGCAGGAGGCAGGAGGCAUGGGGUCUAGAGAGGGCUCCAUUUGAAAGCUACUUCUGCAGCCCCCAUCCCAGCUCUAGACAGAUGCCAAGCACUGGCCAGAUUUCCAGGUGGUCCCACUCCAAGGGAGUGACAGAGUUGGUGGUGAUAUUAGAACUCCUAGGAGGAGCAGGAGCAGUUACCAGCAGGCAUCCCCUUCUUCCUUCCCACCUUCUUCAUCUGGUUUUGCUCCUCAACAAGGGCCAGGAAGCAUCUGAGCUCUGGCCUUUAGAACAACCUACAUGAGCAGGCCCUGAGACAGGAUGAAAUGGAGCAGGGAAGAGAGGCCAGAAGUUCACUUGUUCCCUGAAUUAACUAGCCAAUCUCAGUCACACCCAGCCUUAACCUCCUGUCUGAAGACCACCAAUCUCAAGGUUCACACCCAGCUGAGGCACUGGAAAAAAAAAAAAGCCAGGAGCCAGGAGAGAUGCUCUCAGCCAACUAUGGGGUGAAGAUACAGGCUCCUUCUCCUCAGAAGCUUUUAUCCUGAGCCAGAGGUCACAGCAGGACUCUCUGAAAGCAUUUCAGGACACAAAAGCAGCUUUACUGGGAGGCCCAGGCCAGAGCACAGGCUCCUUUGCAGCCUCUGGUUGGAGGACCAGCCUCUCAAAUUGCCUCAGGGGUGUUGAUUCUCCUUUUUAGGAAGAGAAAGCUCAGAAGCAGAAGGAGAGAGAAGGCAGUUCCUGCUGGAGAGGCAGCCUCCCACUCACCCACUAAGUCCACAUUCUGUUCUCUUUCCAAACUUCACACCAGGUGACCACUACCUCUGCUGAGUUCAUAGGUGACAUCUGGGAAAGGACCCUGUUUCUCUCUGUGCAUCUCUGUCUCACUGGCCUUACUGGGAGUCUUACUGGGCAGUAGUAGCCUAGAAGCCUGUAUGCUCUGCCUCAGGGAUGCUGGGGUUGUACACCUGGGACAAUCUUUUCUAGUUCCUGAGAGGCAGGGCAUUGUUAGUGUUUUUUGAGGCUGAAGUGUUGGGGCGGUGGGGGGGGGGAUGAGGAGCAAACCACCACGCAGAAUUCUUCCCUGCUCCCGACUGAUGCCUUCUGUGAAAAGCCAGGUCACUUUUCAGUUGACUUCAAUUUGAUCCUGAGCCAGGGCCCACUACCACUUACUUUCAAAUGACAAGGCCCUCCUGACAUUAGGCUCCUGCUCCACCAUUAGCUUGAACUCUAGGGUGCCAGAUGAAGAGCCAAAGGAGUGUAUUUGGGAAUUCAGGCUGGGACUCCAGAGAGAAAAUUCAGGCCAGCCACCUUCUGUCCUCCUGCUGGGAGAAGUGAGCAUGUGUGAAGGUCUAAGUGACCGUGUUCAAUUGUGACUAUGACUGUGGCUGAGUAAACCUCCAGACUUUCUCUA